UCCCACUACUCAACCUGCAACACAAACUGUGGCUGCCAAGCAAUGAGAUUUUUCUGCUCAAAACACCUGCAUGUGGUUUUAAAUUACCUGAGCUAGUUGCUAGACUUUAAAAUACUUUUUUAAAACUUUUGCAUUAAGAAAAAUAACAUUUUUAAAAAGUGUCGCAAAGAUGAUUUCUGCAUGCCUGGAGUUUAUCGGUCUUGGCUUGAGUGUCACCGGGACCCUUUUGGUGAUGGUGGCGUGCGGGUUGCCCAUGUGGAAAGUGUCUGCCUUCAUCGAGGGCAACAUUGUGGUGGCGCAGAACAUCUGGGACGGCCUGUGGAUGUCCUGCGUGGUCCAAAGCACGGGUCAGAUGCAGUGCAAGUUCCACGACUCUGUCCUGGCACUGACCACAGACCUGCAGACCGCUCGGGCUCUGACGGUCAUUUCAGCGGUGCUGGGCGUCCAGGGUUUGAUCGUGACCAUCGCCGGCGCGCAAUGCACCAACUGCAUCAGCAAAGAGUCCAUCAAAGCCAAAGUGGUGAAUGCCGGAGGGGUCAUAUACAUAAUAUCCGGCUUGUUUGUGUUGGUGCCCUUGUGUUGGAUGGCCAACAACAUUAUCUCGGACUUCUACGACCCUCAAGUUCCUCCUGCAAAGAAGAGAGAAAUUGGGGCUGCUCUCUACAUUGGAUGGGCAGCAUCCGCCAUGCUUCUGGUCGGAGGAGCGAUUCUGUGUUUCUCCCGUCCGCAUGAUGAAAAAUCCUCGUAUCCCCUCAAAUAUGUGCACACAAAGAGCGCAACAAUAAAUGGAGACUAUGAUAAACGAAACUACGUGUGAUCACCAACAGAAUGGACAACUGGUGGACUUUGAAGGCUGUAAAACUGUUUUGGUUGUGGGCAGCUGACCAACAACAUGUCCAUAAUAUGUACAUGAACUUGAAGAUUCAACAUCAAGGUUUUAGUUUCAAAAGUGUGCUUAAUGCACAAUGUAUGUUUUAGAUUCUGUCACAUUUUUAAUCACCUUUUUAAUCACUUAAAGAGUCCUGCGGUGUGACAAAUAAAUUAUUUCAUAUGAAGUCAUAAAACAAUGUCAUGUAUACUAAAAGUACAAGAACUAGAAAAUGCUGUUUACAAACAGUUUGAGAUGAUGUAUAGCAUGACAACUUCCCAUUUACACACAACAGAUCACUAACAUCAAGACUGUACUAAGCUGUAACAUACUACAUGCAAGCAUUCGGUUAAUGUACAUACUUGAUAAUAGUUUUAAUAGAGCAUUUUGUGCUACUUAAAUUUGCUCAUUUUGCUGUAGGCUAUGUCUUGUUGAUAAUGCAAUAGAGGUACACAUUUAUAUAUGAUAGUAUUAGGAUCAGAGCCCAUGUGUUUCAUGUGAUUUUUAAUCACUGUGGCUUAAAUGGGGCUUCAGGGAGUGUCAAUGUUUCAUGUUUUUGUCCCGCUUAAUGAGAGUGCACUAAUUAGACACGGUCAGUGUGCUUCAAUAAGAUGCUGAAUAAUGCCUAUUGUUCUACGUAUAGAUUCCAGACUGCAACUUUUACAUGAGAAAACUUGUACAUGAUUUGAUAACCUAAACCUCCUGUGUGUACAUUAUUUUAUCUGUGUACAUUUAAAUAAGAUUUUUCUUUACAGCUUUUUAAUGAAUUUGUCAUAUAGAAUCCAGUGAAUAAAGCAAGCUUCAUAUCCUUGUGUCUGAAUUUUACACUUUUAUAAUAAAAGAAUUGUACAAGCAGCGCAAUUUUGUUUUUAUGAGUGCAUUUGUAUCUGAUUUCCCAUUUUAAAAUAAAGCAACAUUCCAGGAUAUGUUU